GGUCUUGUCUAUUAUUAUUUAAUUUUUUGGAAAAAAAAUGUGCAGGCCUGAGAGACACUCUGGCCGGCGGCCACGGCCCCCGUGCAGUCGUGGCUCGCCUGUGCUCUGAGGGUCCCAAAGCGCAGGGGAGAUACCCACACUGGACACGCAUCAGGUCUGCUGAGUUGGUAGGACCCAGCAAUUGUUGAACAGCGGUGUGGGCUGAGGGUAGCACCUGCAGCCGCCCCGUCUCUCCUGCAGAGCCCUAGUGUGCAGCUGGGUGCACAACUCCACAGCUCUGCUACCCUGGCUGCUUCCCAAGGAGCUGAUCAAAGGGUGAGACCUCAGAGCUCACGUGGACAAGGGAUAAUUCUAGGCAGAGAAGAGAAAGGCAUUUCUUUCCGAGUGAGGAAGUGACAGCCGUGUUCUUGGCCUCUCCGUGCUGAUGUCAGACAAGGAGUCAUGUGGCUGGAAAUACUCCUCGCCUCAGUGCUGUGCUUUGUCAUCUACUGGUUCGUCUCCAAGGACAAGGAGGAGACUUUGCCUCUUGAAGAUGGAUGGUGGGGGCCUGGGGCGAGGCCCACAGCUGGGGAGGACGACAGCAUCCGCCCAUUCAAGGUGGAAACGUCAGACGAGGAGAUCAACGACUUACACCAGAGGAUCGACAAGGUGCGUUUAACCCCACCUUUGGAGGACAGCCGCUUCCACUACGGUUUCAACUCCAACUAUCUGAAGAAAGUCAUCUCCUACUGGCGGAAUGAAUUUGACUGGAGGAAGCAGGUGGAGAUUCUCAACAAAUACCCUCACUUCAAGACUAAGAUUGAAGGGCUGGACAUCCACUUCAUCCACGUGAAGCCCCCUCAGCUGCCCUCCGGCCGAACCCCAAAGCCCUUGCUGAUGGUGCACGGCUGGCCUGGCUCCUUCUACGAGUUUUAUAAGAUCAUCCCACUCCUGACUGACCCCAAGAACCACGGCCUGAGCGACGAGCAUGUUUUUGAAGUCAUCUGUCCAUCCAUCCCUGGCUACGGCUUCUCAGAGGCAUCCUCCAAGAAGGGCCUCAACUCAGUGGCCACUGCCAGGAUUUUUUAUAAGCUGAUGCUGCGGCUGGGCUUCCAGCAAUUCUAUAUUCAAGGCGGGGACUGGGGAGCCCUGAUCUGCACCAACAUGGCCCAGCUGGUGCCCAGCCACGUGAAAGGUCUGCACUUGAACAUGGCUUUGAUCUUCAGAAAUGUCUACACCUUGACCCUUUUCCUGGGACGGCGUUUCGGGGGUUUUUUUGGCUACACCGAGAGGGAUUUGGAGCUGAUGUACCCCUUCAAGAAGAUCUUCUUCAGCAUAAUAAGGGAGAGCGGCUACAUGCACAUCCAGAGCACAAAGCCGGACACCGUGGGCUGUGCUCUGAAUGACUCUCCCGUGGGACUGGCUGCCUAUAUCCUAGAGAAGUUUUCUACCUGGACCAAUUCAGAGUCCCGAGACCUGGAGGAUGGGGGCCUGGAGAGGAAGUUCUCCCUGGACGACCUGCUGACGGGCAUCAUGCUCUACUGGACGACGGCCACCAUCACCUCCUCCCAGCGCUUCUACAAGGAGAACAUGACGCCGUACAAUAAGCACGAGGCGAUGAAGGUCUACGUGCCCACGGCCUUUGCUGCCUUCCCUUAUGAGUUAAUACACUUCCCCGAAAAGUGGGUGAAGUCCAAGUACCCGAAACUCACCUCGUAUUCCUACAUGCCCCGUGGGGGCCACUUUGCCGCCUUUGAGGAGCCAGAGCUGCUGGCGCAGGACAUCUGCAAGUUCGUGGGGCUGCUGGAGCGGCAGUGACCCCGGCGGGGACUGGCUGUCACCUCACAGGCAGCCCCUGCCCUGGCCUGGCAGACCUGCUCCUGACGCCCGCCCUUUCACCCGGAAGCCCCGCCUCCCAGCCCAGCUCCCAGGAGACGUGGGGCUGGCAGGGAGGCCCCCUCCCAGUCCUCCGUCGGUGGAGUCGCCCCUUUUCCCAGGAACGCGUUUGCUCCCGUCCCCUGCCCGUGCCGGGACCCCGUGCUCACCCCUGCACGCACACUCUCCACACGCUUUGUUAAGCAACUUGGCUCUGAUGAUAAAUGAUUUUCCUUCU